GUUUCCCCGGAACGCGUUUCGCCGUUGCGCCGGUUGAUGAUGGCUGAUCCUCUCCCUCAGUCGGAGCCGCUUGCAUCGCCAGAACUCAGUGGCGACUUCAAGAAACCUGCUCUGCCAGUGCCGCCGGCUGGGAGGAGUAAGGCUCCGGCCGCUAGUCCCACAGAUCAUGGAGAGGGGAAGAAUGAAUGUCCUCCGUCGCUGCUGGAGCCCGGCCCCGGGGACCCCGAGGCUCCUGUGCCUCGGCCAGUCAAUGAGGAGGCCCCGAGUUCGAGUCUCCCCCAGGAGCAGCCGCGGCUCCCCACGCUUGUCGCCGGUCCUGGAGGCCCUUCCCGGGCUCCCCCGUACCAAGAACCUCCCUGGGGCAGCCCAGCCACAGCUCCCUACAGCCUAGAGAUCCUGAAGAGUGGCACCAUCGUGGGCACCCGCAGCUUGAAAGGAACGAGUUGCUGUCUUUUCGGGAGGCUGCCGAGCUGUGACGUAUGUCUGGAGCAUCCUUCCGUGUCUCGGUACCACGCCGUGCUCCAGCACAGAGCUCCAGGCCCGGACGCAGAUUGUGACGGCCAGGAGCAGGGCUUUUACCUGCAUGAUCUGGGCAGUACCCAUGGCACCUUCCUCAACAAAACUCGUAUUCCACCCCGCACCUAUUGCAGAGUCCACGUCGGACACGUUUUUCGCUUUGGAGGCAGCACUCGACUCUUCAUCCUGCAGGGACCAGAGGAAGACCGAGAGGCAGAAUCUGAGUUAACAGUAACACAGUUGAAGGAACUUCGAAAGCAGCAACAAAAGUUGUUGGAGAAGAAGAUGCUAGGAGAAGAUUCCGAUGAAGAGGAGGAAAGAGAUACUGAGGAAAAGAAGAGAAAUGCUGGUGGCCAAGAAGAUGAGAUGGGUUGCACCUGGGGAAUGGGAGAAGAUGCUGUAGAGGAUGAGGCUGAAGAGAACCCGAUUGUCUUAGAGUUUCAGCAGGAAAGGGAGGCUUUCUAUAUAAAAGAUCCAAAGAAGGCUCUCCAAGGUUUCUUUGAUCGGGAAGGAGAAGAAUUAGAAUAUGAAUUUGAUGAACAGGGACAUAGUACUUGGCUCUGUAGAGUGAGAUUACCUGUGGAUGAUUCAACGGGGAAGCAGCUGGUGGCUGAGGCCAUUCACUCAGGAAAGAAAAAAGAAGCGAUGAUCCAGUGCUCACUGGAGGCUUGUCGGAUCCUCGAUACUCUGGGAUUGCUGCGGCAGGAAGCAGUAUCUCGGAAAAGGAAAGCCAAGAACUGGGAAGAUGAAGAUUUUUAUGAUAGUGAUGAUGACACAUUCCUUGAUAGAACUGGCCUGGUGGAGAAGAAGCGUCUGAACCGAAUGAAAAAGGCUGGGAAGAUCGAUGAGAAGCCAGAGACCUUCGAAUCACUGGUUGCAAAGUUAAAUGAUGCUGAAAAGGAGCUCUCUGAAAUUUCUGAGAGACUCAAGGCCUCAAGCAAAGCUUUGUCAGAGUCACCUUCUCAAGAUUCUUUAGAUGCAUUCAUGUCAGAAAUGAAAUCAGGUAGUGCGUUAGAUGGUGUGUCCCGGAAGAAACUUCACCUGAGAACUUUUGAACUAAGAAAAGAACAACAGAGACUUAAAGGGUUAAUAAAAAUUGUAAAGCCAGCAGAGAUUCCAGAGCUAAAGAAGACUGAACCACAUAAUUCAGGUUUGGAAAACAAAGCUAAGAAGCUUACAUUGCCUCUCUUUGGUGCUAUGAAAGGAGGAAGCAAAUUCAAAUUAAAAACUGGAACAGUAGGGAAGCUGCCCCCCAGGCGUCCAGACCUCCCUCCUGCUCUUAUGAAAACCAAGGAUGAGCCUGAAGUAGAAGAGGAAGAGGAAGAAGAGGAGGAAGAGAAAGAAAAGGAGGAGCAUGAAAAGAAAAUGGAGGAUGGAAGCAGUAGGCUGCCUGAGGAGACAGAACCAGAAACAGCAGUGCAGGGAAUGAGUGCUCCCACAGAUCGCCCAUGUUCUGAGGAAACAAAAAGCCAUGAGCACAGCUCUCAAUUCAGCCAAGUGGAACAGAAUGAAAACGAACAAGAGACUAGUGAAAUAACUUCAUCACAUGAGGAACCCUCUGCAUCAGAAAAAGAAUAUGAGAAAAGCAGAGAUGAAUUGAAGAAAAAGAAAGUGCCAGGUUCAUACAAAUUUCCACCUGUACUUUCUUCCAAAUAUCCUGAAGAUGAUCCAGACUACUGUGUGUGGAUGCCACCAGAAGGUCAAAGUGGAGAUGGCAGAACCCAUCUUAAUGAUAAGUAUGGCUAUUGAUUGCUCCAGAACUUGAAGGAAGAACUACGGACCAUGUGAUGCAGGCUGUUUGGGAUGAUAUGUCCAGUUGAAUGGCAAACGGAGUCCAGAUGAUCAUUUGUAAAUUCUGGCGACUGGACUUUUCAUCUGUGUUUGGCUUCCUAAGUUUAUCUGCUUAUCUGAUUUUCCCAACUUGAUAUUUAUGUUUAAAAGCUUUUGUGAAUAUAUAUAUGUAAAAAGA